AGAGUCAAGAAACAGUUACAAAGUUUGGUGGGUCGUCUUCCAAAGACACUUCUUCCCCAUCUUCCACUAGAAAGGGACUACCCCAACGCACAAGCAUUUGUUCCCAUUUCUAUUUCUAUAAUAUAAUACUCCUAUUUCUUCUCUCUUCUCUGCCCAAUAACCGACAUUUUCAGUAAAGAAUCCUUCAUUUAAAUUUCAAGUCUUGCAGAUUUAAUUAAUUCAAGAUUGGGUUUUGGGAUUCAACAACUUUGUUGCUACUCUGAACUUCCAUUCUUUACCCAUAAACAGUCUUAAAUUCAGAUGGGUUGUUCUUAAAAUUGCCCAAUUUUGAUCAGAUUUUAAUUUCUGGGCUUUCAAUAAGUUUGUUGGGAUUCAACAAGUCUUAGAUUGAGAUGGGUUCUUCUUAAAAUUGUGCAAUUUUGAUGGGUUUUUGAUUCUGGGUUUCAAAGAUUAGCAGAAAACUUGAAGAACAGCAACCAAGAAAAAACAGAUCAGAUUUUUAAAAAAUGAAGAACAAAGGAUUUGAUUUUGCACCAAAGAAUGUAGUUUCUAAGAAAUUAACACUUUUACUUUGCAUUGGUUGUUUUUGUGCUGGCAUGUUAUUCACUACCAGGAUGUCGGCAGAACCAGAAGAGAAAGGGCUGUUUCGACGAGCUACAAUGGAAGAUGGAAGACAGAAUUUAAUCAAGGAAGGCUGUGGUCAGGAAAAAAACAAUGUGAAGAGUGAUCCUAAAAAUCUAAUUGGCGAAGUUUCAAAGACGCAUCAUGCUGUACAAACCCUAGAUAAGACUAUUUCUAAUCUAGAAAUGGAGUUAGCUGCUGCAAGAGCUACACAGGAAUCCAUAAUGGACGGAUCCCCUGUGUCGGAAUCGGGCAACAAAAGGAAGUAUCUGAUGGUAGUUGGAAUUAACACUGCUUUCAGUAGUAGAAAGCGUAGAGAUUCGGUUCGUGCAACUUGGAUGCCUCAAGGAGAAAAAAGAAAGAAGUUGGAAGAAGAGAAGGGCAUCAUAAUGCGAUUCGUCAUAGGUCACAGCGCGACAGCGGGUGGUAUCUUAGAUAAAGCUAUCGAGGCGGAGGACCAAAAGCAUGGAGACUUUUUAAGGCUGGAACACGUUGAGGGAUAUCUAGAAUUGUCAGCAAAGACAAAAAUAUAUUUUGCCACUGCUGUUGCUUUGUGGGAUGCUGAGUUCUACAUCAAAGUUGACGAUGAUGUACAUGUAAAUAUAGCAACACUAGGAGCAACCUUGAUUCGACAUCGAUCAAAGCCUCGGGUGUACAUAGGAUGCAUGAAAUCUGGUCCCGUCCUUGCUCAAAAGGGGGUGAGGUACCACGAGCCAGAGCAUUGGAAGUUCGGAGAUGACGGAAAUAGGUACUUCCGGCAUGCUACGGGGCAGCUGUAUGCCGUUUCAAAAGAUUUAGCGACUUACAUAUCUAUAAAUCAGCAUGUGUUACAUAAGUAUGCCAACGAAGAUGUUUCGUUGGGUUCUUGGUUUAUCGGGUUGGAUGUGGAGCAUAUAGAUGACCGGAGAUUGUGUUGUGGCACUCCACCUGAUUGUGAGUGGAAGGCUCAGGCAGGCAAUGUCUGCGUUGCAUCAUUCGACUGGACGUGCAGUGGAAUUUGCAAGUCGGUCGAAAGGAUGAAGGAGGUUCACCGGCGGUGUGGCGAAGGAGAGAAUGCCUUAUGGAGCGCGACUUUCUAAUCAACAAUACGCCCUUAUCAAUGUAGCUAAUACCACUACAUGUAGAUUUUGGAUGUGUAAAAUGAGAGAGUAAAUGAAUGCAUAUAUAUAGAGUAUGAUUCUGUUCUGUUCUCCAUUUUAGUGUAGGAGAGGAGCAAAUGGGUUGCAUCUUGCAAGCCUCAAUAUUCUUUGUAUGAUGAUAGUUAUAAUAAGUAUUAGUGUUAUUUUAUUUUACCCUCUAAAAAGCAAUUUUCCU